AUCUUUGUCAAUGGAGAACAUGUGACCAGCAUCAGCAAUGGAGGGAGCUUUGGUGAACUGGCCCUGAUCUAUGGCACCCCCAGGCAAGCCACUGUCAAGGCCAAAACAGACACCAAGCUCUGGGGGAUUGACAGAGACUCCUACAGACGCAUCCUAAUGGGCUCCACAAUAAGGAAGAGGAAAAUGUAUGAAGAGUUCUUGUCCAAAGUUUCCAUCCUUGAUUCACUGGACAAGUGGGAGCGGCUGGUGGUGGCUGAUGCGCUUGAGCCAGUGUCCAUAGAGUCUGGAGCCACAGUUGUGCGACAAGGAGAGCCUGGCGAUGACUUCUAUAUCAUUGUGGAGGGAACGGCUGUGGUCAUGCAGGCACGCUCACCAAAUGAGGAACCUGUUGAAGUGGGAAGGCUUGGGACUUCAGACUACUUUGGUGAAAUUGCUCUCCUCUUGGACCGUCCUCGUGCAGCCACAGUCAUAGCAGAUGGACCCCUCAAGUGUGUCAAACUGGACAGGAAUAGGUUUGAACGUGUCUUAGGCAGCUGCGGAGACAUCCUAAAACGGAACAUUGAGCAGUACAACUCCUUCAUCGCACUCACUGUGUAGAGGCUCUGAGUCACUGGUUGAGCCCCUGUGUAUGCAAUCAUGUAGGCUUCUCUGUAUGCUAGUUUCUAGGCUCCUGUGCAAGUAAUUUUUGUGAUCCUGUGUAGGUGCUUGGGCGUGCAACUCUGCAUAGGGCCAGGGAUAACACUGAGAUAUGGGGGUCGCCACCAUAUGCAUUGUUGUGGUGACGAGAUAAAAGUGUGGGUUUUAUAGGAAACUGCUACACCACUGUUUGAAAAAGGGUUUAUACACAAUUCAAGAGGACAAGCAGCCUGUGCAAAGGAUUGUGGAGGUGUACCUGUGUAAGUGGUGCUGAAGUAGUGAAAAGAACAUUGUCACUUAUACAGAUAAAGGUGUUCAGGCAACCAUCUUUUUCUUUGGUUUGUUUUUUUUCUUGUUCCUAACAUGGGUAGCCACAUCUUUAGGUUGCAUACACCACUAAGAGGUGUAUGUUGACACCUCUUAGUGGUGUGUCCUAAGAUGGAUAACGUCUUUCACCUGAUAGUGUGUGGGGGGUGUAUAUCUGUCUGUUGGCUUACACUUACCACUGAUUUUUGCACUGGAUUAGAAAAUAAAUGGUUGUUUGUGUGUGUAUAUGUGGACACCUGCCGUAGAGGUGUGUGGGGGGACCCAGAAGAUAUUAGUGUAACCAUUAGAAUAAUCAUGGUUCCAGGGGCCACUUUGAUUUAUAAUUGAGUCUGUUGUUGAAAGCUGCACACAUUAUUGCCACUAUGGUCAUUAUCACAUCAACUUACCACUUGCAUGGAGUGUAAUGAUCAGCUUUGUCUCGCUCAUAUUCCAUAAGUAUUUAAAUCGUUACAGUUAGUAUAAUAGCCCUGCACACACCCCUUUCAGCACAGCGGCUCUCACCUAGGGUUAUCAAAGUAGGAAAGUGCGUAUGUGCUCAUGCAUUGAGAGAUUGACUUGACACAUGCCAAAAAAGAAGGAAAAUAAUAAAAAAGAAAAGGAGAUUUUGUGUCUUUCUUGUUAUAAAACAGAUUUUGUACUUCAUGAAAAACAAAUUGAUAAUGACAUAUUUUGUAGAUGACUGUUCUUUUUAAUUUCAUUAGAGAGAAAACUGUGUGUGUAAGCAUGUAUGUGUUCUACGUGCAUAUUUGAGUGUACACAUGUACACAUCUAACUCUAUAUCCAUCUGUUUAUCUAUUUAUCUAACUACC